UAGACCGGGUCAAGGGAGCUGGAGGGAACAACAUGAGGGACCGUGCCACCAUCAAACGGUUGAAUAUGUACAGGCAGAAGCAGAGAUGCAACAGUCGAGGUAAGGUGAUCAAGCCCUUGCAGUACCAGAGCACAGUUGCUCCAGGAACUGUGGCCAGAGUUGAGCCCAACAUCAAGUGGUUUGCCAAUACACGUGUUAUCAAGCAGUCAUCCUUACAGAAAUUCCAGGAAGAGAUGAACGCGGUAAAAAAAGAUCCGUACCGAGUAGUGAUGAGACAGAGCAAGCUACCAAUGUCCUUGCUGCAUGACCGAAUUAAAGCACAUGUGAGUAUGCACUCACGUUACACAUACAUGCUGUUUUUAUACAAAAAUCCUGUGGCGUGAUG